AUGACUGGUCUAAGAUGUGUUUUUCAAACUUUCAUGGUGCUCGCAUUGGCCGAAGCAGUCCGGAUCCCACUCCUUUCGAAAACGAAAUACAACCCACUGUUGUUCUUCAAGGUUCCGCCGGGGUUGAUUCCAGAAUGCGAUGCGAUGGAAAAGGCUGUGAAAGAGGUUGAAAAAGAAUUAGGCGUUCGCGUUGAACGUUUAGACAUUUUAAGGGAUCCUUCCGCGGAAGCAGUGAUGUCCUUGUUGACCCAGCGAACCCCUCCGUUUUUAUACCAUCGUGAAUCCUGUCAGGUGGUUCACCUCACCCCUCGCAAGGGUGGCAAAGGAGAUCGAGACAUGCCCGUCGUUGUGGAUAGACAACGAGUGCGAGCCUGGGCGAAGGGUCGCUACCUGGGAGCUCAAAAUCAUGCGACCAAAGUUAAAUCACCAGUCGUUAUUGCACAAAAAGAUAACUCCAUUGAUCAACAAGAGCUUUUGGAAGACAUGGCGUUGACCGAUUUACAACGAAAAGGGAAGCAGGCAAUCAAAGAAAGGACUGAAGAAAACGCCAAAAGCAAAGCCUUUACCAAAUAG